AUGCAUGAGACUCUGGAUCCAGGCCCCAGCAACGACGACAAUGACGAUGAUGAUGCUGAACUGAUGGAGAAGCAGCGAUUUGCGAUGGGAAUGGUGCUGGAUUUGGCAAGAGAGGCCGUUAACGUGUACAGUGUCAGCAAGCAGGGCGUCGUCAUCCUGGAUGACAGGUCAAAAGAGCUUCCUUAUUGGGUCCUGUCAGCUAUGAAGUGUUUGGCAAAUUGGCCCAACUGUUCUGAUUGGAAGCAGCCUAUGUACUUGGGGUUUGAGAAAGAUGUCUUCAAGACAGUCGCGGAUUACUAUGGUCACCUGAAGGAGCCACUGCUUACGUUCCACCUGUUUGAUGCUUUCGUCAGUGUCCUAGGUUUGCUGCAGAAAGAGAAGAUGGCAAUCGAAGCUUUUCAGAUUUGUUGUCUCCUUCUGCCUCCUGAAAACAGGAGAAAGCUGCAGCUGCUGAUGAGGAGGAUGGCAAGGAUCUGCUUAAACAAAGAGAUGCCGCCACUGUGUGAUGGCUUUGGCACCCGCACGCUGAUGGUUCAGACAUUUUCUCGGUGCAUCUUGUGUUCUAAGGACGAAGUAGACUUAGAUGAGUUGCUAGCUGCUCGAUUGGUGACAUUUCUGAUGGACAAUUACCAGGAAAUUCUGAAAGUUCCUUUGGCCCUGCAGACCUCCAUAGAGGAGCGCGUGGCUCAUCUGCGAAGAGUUCAGAUAAAAUACCCAGGAGCUGAUAUGGAUAUCACGUUGUCUGCGCCUUCUUUUUGCCGUCAAAUCAGUCCAGAGGAAUUUGAAUACCAAAGGGCAUACGGCUCUCAGGAGCCUCUGGCAGCCUUGUUGGAAGAAGUCAUAGCAGAUGCCAAACUCUCCAAUAAGGAGAAGAAGAAGAAGCUGAAGCAGUUUCAGAAAUCGUACCCUGAAGUCUACCAGGAGCGAUUUCCUACACCAGAGAGUGAAGCGCUCCUCUUCCCUGAAAAGCCCAAGCCCAAACCGCAGCUGUUUAUGUGGGCGCUGAGGAAGCCUUUCCAGCCGUUUCAGAGGACGAGAAGUUUCCGGAUGUGAUGCGGCUACGGAGCUUUAAAGACCUCAGCGCUCGAGACAGUUUUCAGUCAGUCGAGGCUCAAGAAUGCUAAGUUAUAAACUACUGAAAUAGGGGGUUUCAGAGAAGCCAGACCUGACCCUUACCAUAUUGAGCCGUUGUCAGUAUUUUUAUAAAUCUCAAUGCUGUCUUUAGAGAUGUACAAAUCAGUGAACGAUUACAAGCCAAGUGUAUAGUGGUGGUGCAACAGGCUUGGGAUUGUUGCAGAGUCUAAAGGUAAAGUGUUCCCCCUCUUCUAUUUGUUGUUUUCUAUAGUGUG